GACGCAUCGUAUUGAAGGUUACGUCAAUCGUGGUCAAUUGCGUCAGCUUCUCGUACGAGGCUACGAGAGUUCCAGCCGGUACGGAACGUCGUGCGCCAGAUAUGCCCGCCGAGAAGCCCCGUCCCGGGAGGUCGAACCUCCCGGAGACCAUCAACUUUGCGAGGGAGGAGGACGCGACGCUGGAAACGUGGAGAAAAGGGGACGUGUUUCAGGAAAGUAUGCGCCUGUCGAAGAACCGGCCGAGGUACACGUUCUUCGACGGACCGCCAUUCGCCACCGGUUUGCCGCACUACGGCCACAUCCUCGCCGGCACCAUAAAGGACAUCGUGACGAGGUACGCGUACCAAAGUGGCUACCACGUGGAGCGGCGAUUCGGCUGGGAUUGCCACGGCCUCCCGGUGGAGAACGAGAUCGACAAGAAGCUGGGCAUCAAGGGGCCGGACGACGUCGCCAGGAUGGGCAUCGCCGCGUACAACCGGGAGUGCCGUAACAUCGUGAUGAGGUACGCCGAGGAGUGGCAGAUGAUCGUCGGCCGGAUGGGACGGUGGAUCGACUUCGAGAACGACUACAAGACCAUGUACCCGUGGUACAUGGAGUCCAUCUGGUGGGUGUUCAAGCAGCUGUACAACAAGGGCCUCGUUUACCAGGGUAUCAAGGUGAUGCCCUACUCCACCGCCUGCAACACGCCGCUGUCCAACUUCGAGGCCGGUCAGAAUUACAAGGACGUGGUCGAUCCGUCGGUCAUCGUGGCCUUUCCCCUGCUGGACGAGCCCGGGGUGUCCCUGCUCGCCUGGACCACCACACCCUGGACGUUGCCCAGUAACAUGACGCUGUGCGUCAAUCCCACCUUCGAGUACGUGGAGGCGAGGAACGAGAAGACCGGCGACGUUUACAUCAUGUUGGAGGCCCAGUUGCACACCCUCAAGGGUUCUUACGUUAUAAUCAACAGGAGAAAGGGCGUAGACCUGAAAGGGAAGGCGUACGAACCUCCGUUUCCAUAUUUCCUGCAUUACAGAGAGAAAGGUGCUUUCAGGGUGCUGAACGACACUUACGUCACGGCGGAGACCGGAACCGGCAUCGUCCAUCAAGCCCCGUACUUCGGGGAGGACGAUUUCCGAUGCUGCCUGGAGGCCGGCAUCAUAAGCAAGGACCAGGAGGUCGUGUGCCCCGUGGACAGUUGCGGCUGCUUCACGGAGCCGGUUCGCGACUUCCUCGGCAAGUACGUCAAGGACGCGGACAAGGAGAUAAUCAAGUAUCUGCAGUCCAAGAAGAAGCUGGUCGUCAGCGGCACGGUGAAGCACAGCUAUCCGUUCUGCUGGCGCACCGACACGCCGCUCAUCUACAAGGCCGUGCCCUCUUGGUUCCUCAAGGUGGAGGAGAUCAAGGACAGGCUGCUGACGGCGAACAGCGAGACCUACUGGGUGCCGGACACCGUGAAGGAGAAGCGAUUCGGCAACUGGCUGCGCGACGCGCGCGACUGGGCCAUCAGCAGGAACCGCUACUGGGGCAAUCCCAUACCGCUGUGGAUCUCCGAGGACAAGGAGGAGACCGUGUGCGUGGGCAGCAUCGAGGAGCUGGAGAGAUUGACGGGCGCGAAAGUGAGCGACAUUCAUCGCGAGAACAUCGAUCACCUGACGAUCCCGUCGCGACGGCCCGGUCAGCCGCCGUUGCGUCGCGUGCCCGAGGUCUUCGACUGUUGGUUCGAGUCCGGCUCCAUGCCGUACGCGCAGAUGCACUUUCCUUUCAAGAACCGCGGGGACUUCGACAGGUACUUCCCGGCGGACUUCAUCGCCGAGGGCAUCGACCAGACGCGCGGCUGGUUCUACACGCUCCUGGUGAUAUCCACCGCGCUGUUCGGCAAGGCGCCGUACAAGAAUCUCGUGGCCAACGGUUUGGUGCUCGCGUCCGACGGCCAGAAGAUGUCGAAGCGCAAGAAGAAUUAUCCCGACCCGAUGGAGGUGGUCAACAAGUACGGGGCGGACGCCCUGCGCCUCUAUCUGAUCAAUUCACCGGUUGUGAGAGCUGAGAAUCUGAAGUUCAAGGAGGAGGGCGUCCGGGACGUCAUCAAGGACGUAUUUCUGCCGUGGUACAACGCGUUCCGUUUCCUCCUUCAGAACAUCGAGCAGUACGAGGAGACGGGGGUCUGGUUUGUAUUCGACGAGAAGCUAGAUUCCUGUUCCAGCAAUAUAAUGGACAAGUGGAUCAUAUCCUUCACGCAGUCGCUGUUGGUCUUCCUGAAACGUGAGAUGAAGGAGUACAGGCUGUACACCGUGGUGCCCUACCUGAUAAAGUACAUAGACAAUCUCACAAAUUGGUACGUGAGAAUGAAUAGAAAGCGUAUCAAGGGCGAGGACGGCCCGAAGGAUUGCAAGAACGCGUUGACGACUCUGUUUCUGGCGGUCUACACGAUGGUGCAGACUUACGCGCCGUUCACGCCGUUCCUGACGGAAUUCAUGUUUCAACGAUUAUCCAAGUGGGUCCUGCCCUUGCCAGAGUCCGCAAAUGGGGAGUCUUCUCCGAGUUCUAACGCUAAAGAGGAAGACGACUGGCAAGGUAGCGUGCACUACAAACUGAUACCACCUCCGCGUGAUUAUCUGAUCAACAAGGACAUAGAGAAGGCUGUGUCGCACAUGCAGUCGGUCAUCCAGCUAGGCCGCAUCGUACGGGACAGGAAGGUCAUACCCACGAAGUAUCCUUUGCCCGAAAUCGUGGUGAUCCAUCGGGACGCCGAGGUACUGAAGGACAUCGUUUCGCUGAAAUCGUAUAUCCUCGAGGAGCUCAACGUCAAGAAGUUGACUGUCACCACCGACAAGCAGAAGUACGGCGUGACCUUAAGAGCGGAGCCGGACCACAAGACACUUGGCGCACGUUUGAAGGGUGAGUUCAAGCAGAUAAUCCAGGCAAUUAAAGAGCUGUCCGACGAACAGCUGCAGAAGUUCGUCGCCACGAGGGAGAUCGUCGUGCAGGGCCACAAGCUCGAGGAGCAGGACCUGCGUUUGAUGUUCAGCUUUACCGGUCCGACCGCCGAGCAGCUGUCGAAGCAGUACGACGCCCAUAGCGAGGGCAACAUCCUGAUCCUCCUGGACGUCACGGCUGACGAGGCGAUGCACAACGAGGGGAUAGCGCGGGAGGUGAUCAAUCGGGUGCAGAAGCUGCGGAAGAAGGCACGGCUCGUGCCCUCCGACGAGGCCGUCGCGUAUUACGAGAUCAAGGACGCGGGCAGCAACCUGGCCAGGGUGGUCGUCAGCCACAAGGAGUUCAUCGAGAACGCGACCAAGACCCCGCAGAGAGACAUGGCGGAGUUGCCGGCCGACAGCUACGUGAUCCUCGAGGAGAUGCAGAAGAUCAAGGGGGUGGACAUGAGGCUCGCGUUGGCCAGGACGCAGGCCGGUUGUGCGUCCAAACGGGACGACGGCGCGACGCCCGGGCCGUCGGAAUCGCAGCCCUCCGUGGGCUACGUCAACGUGACGCUCGUCAACAUGCAACCGCGAUACGGCUCGACCUCGAAAGGCAAGAUUCUGUUGUACGACUCGCAGCUGGGGCCCAUCACGUACAAACGUCUGAAACAGGAGAUCGAUCUGGUGUUCGGUAUUUACGGCUGCUCGUACGAUUUGUAUCUUAACUCUAAGAAACUUACCAGAACGAUGGACGAUACGCCAGUGGAGGAAGACCUAUUCAACAAACAGACGAUAGAAGUAUUGAGGUCAACGAGGUCAACAUAGCGGUUUUUUUUGCCUUUGGUUUUCGAUGUGAUGAAAAGCGACUUUCGCCGGCUUGCGAUUUAAUCAAUGGGUUGAAAAAGGAGAGCGAGGACUUAAAUCUCGCAAAUCUGCAUUAUGUUCUUUUGAGGUUUCUCUUUUAGUUUCUAAAAAGAUACGUUCUACAUUAUUGCAUCUGCAAGAUCGAGCGAAAGACCUAUAUGGUGAAUUUUAUUUAAUCUUCCUUCUUCCGUCAACAAAAGUAUUUACUGUGAAGCACGUUAGAAAGCGUUAUUUAUGAUUUAAGUUAACAUUUCACAGCGUAUUUAUUUAAUACACAACUUAAACGUGAUUUAAAGUAAAUUAUA